CUUUGUCUGGUUUUUGUAUUAGGAUGAUAAUGAUCUUGUAGAAUGAAUUGGGAAGUGUUCUCUCUUCAAAUUUUUGGAAGUUUGUGAAGAAUUGGUGUUAAUUCUUCUUUAAACAUUUGGUAGAAUUCACCCAUGAAGUCCUCCUGGUCCCAAGCUUGUUAUGAGAAGUUUUCUGACUACAAAUUCAAUCUCUAUUCAGAUUUUCUAUUUUUUUAAAUUGUGAUUUAGGUGAAAGUUCCCAGAGCAAAUUAGUGUAUCAUUAAAAAGUUAACAUACAAACUGUUUUAUGACAUUGGUUGCCAACCCUGCGAUGUGUCAACACUCUCCUCUUCUCCACCCCAGGUUCCCUGUUUCCAUUAGUACAGUUUUCCUGUCCCUUCCUGCCUUCUCGUCUUGCUUUUGGGCUUGUGCCCAUUAGUUUCAUAUACAUGAUUGAGCUAUGAAGCACAUCCCUUAUGUGUGUUAUUGUUGGCCCUGUAGGCCUGUCUAAUCCUUGGCUGAAGGAUGAACCUCAGAAAUAACUUCAGUACUGAGUUAAAAGGGUGUCCGGGGGUCAUACUUUCGGGGUUUUCCCAGUCUCUGUCAGACCAGCAAGCCUGGUCAUUUUCAUUUUUGUAAAUUUAAAUUUUGUUUUAAAUUUUUCUCCUAGUCUGCCUGGGACCCUCUAUUGUGAUCCCUGCCAGAGCAGUUGGUGGUGGUAACUAGGCACCAACUAGUUGUGCUGGACCCAGUCUGGUUGAGGUUGUGAUAAGUCGUGGUCCAUUAGUCCUUUAGACUAAUCUUUCCCUUGUGUCUUUGGUCUUCGUCAUUCUCCUUUGUUCCAGCUGGGAUGGGAUGAGUAGAUGUGCCUUAGAUGGCCUCUAUCAGGCUUUUAAGACCCCAGUGGCUACGCACCACAGUUGGAUGUAGAACAUUUUCUUUAUCAACUUACGCUGAUUAAGCUAGAUGUCCCCCAGGACCAUGGUCUCCAGCCUUUAGCCCAGUAGCUCAGUCUCUCAGGGAGUUUGAAUGUGUCUGUGAAGUUUCUAUGACUUUGCUCUGGUUCUGUUACUUCUUGUGUGGUGUUUUUAAAUUUGAAAAAUAUAAAGCCAAGUGUACAGUAGGUAAGUAUGUAUAAGGUAGUCCUGUGAAGCCCAAAUUGAGUAUAAGAACGAGUCCUACUACUAAUUUCAUGGGAAGUCAAUUUGGAGCCUAUACCUAUUUAACAAUUCCAUUUUUUAAAUAUGAUUUUUAAGAGUGUUAAUGUCUUUUACUUGUACUAUUUUAUAAUCUUUAUUCCAUAGUGGCUUGGAAUUUAAAUUUUCUUUUUUUAUUGCUUUUUAUCUCAGCAGCAAUGCAGCAAGUGUUGGAUAACCUUACGGAACUGCCCUCAUCUACGGGAGCAGAAGAAAUAGACCUAAUUUUCCUCAAGGGGAUUAUGGAGAAUCCUAUUGUAAAAUCACUUGCUAAGGCUCAUGAGAGGCUAGAAGAUUCAAAACUAGAAGCUGUCAGUGACAACAACUUGGAAUUAGUCAAUGAGAUUCUUGAAGAUAUCACUCCUCUGAUAAAUGUGGAUGAAAAUGUGGCAGAACUGGUUGGUAUUCUCAAAGAGCCUCACUUCCAGUCACUCUUGGAGGCCCAUGAUAUUGUGGCAUCAAAGUGUUAUGAUUCACCUCCCUCAAGCCCAGAAAUGAACAAUUCUAUCAAUAAUCAGUUAUUGCCAGUGGAUGCCAUUCGUAUUCUUGGUAUUCACAAAAGAGCUGGAGAGCCAUUGGGUGUAACAUUUAGGGUUGAAAAUAAUGAUCUGGUGAUUGCCCGAAUCCUUCAUGGAGGAAUGAUAGAUCGACAAGGUCUGCUUCAUGUGGGAGAUAUCAUUAAAGAAGUCAAUGGCCAUGAGGUUGGAAACAAUCCAAAGGAACUACAAGAAUUACUGAAAAAUAUUAGUGGAAGUGUCACCCUAAAGAUUUUACCAAGCUAUAGAGAUACUAUUAUUCCUCAACAGGUAUUUGUGAAAUGUCAUUUUGAUUACAAUCCAUACAAUGAUAACCUGAUACCCUGUAAAGAAGCAGGGUUGAAGUUUUCAAAAGGAGAAAUUCUUCAGAUUGUCAACAGAGAAGAUCCAAAUUGGUGGCAGGCUAGCCAUGUAAAAGAGGGAGGAAGCGCUGGUCUGAUUCCAAGCCAGUUCCUGGAAGAGAAGAGAAAGGCAUUUGUUAGAAGAGACUGGGACAAUUCAGGACCUUUUUGUGGAACCAUAAGUAGCAAAAAAAAGAAAAAGAUGAUGUAUCUCACAACUAGAAAUGCAGUUACUUCACGGAAACCAAGGGAAGAUGAAAAAGAUGGACAAGCAUAUAAAUUUGUGUCACGAUCUGAGAUGGAAGCAGAUAUUAAAGCUGGAAAAUAUUUGGAACAUGGGGAAUAUGAAGGAAAUCUCUAUGGAACCAAGAUUGAUUCUAUUCUUGAAGUUGUCCAGACUGGAAGAACUUGUAUUUUGGAUGUCAAUCCACAAGCACUGAAGGUGUUGAGGACAUCAGAGUUCAUGCCCUAUGUUGUAUUUAUUGCUGCCCCAGAACUGGAGACACUGCGAGCCAUGCACAAGGCUGUGGUGGAUGCUGGAAUCACUACCAAGCUUUUGACGGACUCUGACUUGAAGAAAACAGUUGAUGAAAGUGCCCGGAUUCAGAGAGCAUACAACCACUAUUUUGAUUUGAUCAUCAUUAACGAUAAUCUAGACAAAGCCUUUGAGAAACUACAAGCAGCCACUGAGAAACUGAGAAUGGAACCGCAGUGGGUCCCAAUCAGCUGGGUUUACUGAUAAUUCAAUAAGGCUAGCAAUCAAAAUGAAACUUAAAAAAAGUGACUGCAACAAAUAAACCUUCUGCUGAGAAAAUACAAGCUGAGAUAGAAGAUACCUGCCACGUCUAGGCAUUUUUAUUGUGUAGAUUGAAAUAACAGUACACUACUCUGAAUUUUUAUAUAAAAUGUGGUUGGGAAAGUGUACUAAUAUAUAAUUUAUCUUAAUUUUUCUAACUUUUUACGGAUAACCUUUCUAUUCAUAUCACAUAAAAAAAUGCGUUGAAGCAUUUUGUAUAUGUUUUGAUUUAGUACUCUUGCCUUUUUCAUCAAAGGAAUUUGCAAAUCACUCACUCUAACAUUGGUGUCACGUUUUCACUGUGAUAAUGAAUACUUGAAAUCAUUUUGUAAAGCCGUCACUUAGUUCAGUGUUUAACUAGGGAAGGGUCAGUUACUCUUAUUAGGAGAAAACAGUAAUUAUUUCCUUCAUUUCUUUCAGAAGCAGAAUUUUAAUGUCAGUGCUACAGGUAGUCUCCUACCAUCCGGAUCUGACAUCGUAAUUCUGCUAAAUGCUGUAUACUUCCAUUACAUCAGAGAUGUGUGGCUGUCCAUUCUCAUUUAUACAGAUACAUUGGUGGUUUCCCUUCAUUUCUGUCUUUAGUGAAAAAAUGAAGAGCAAUACCUUGCACUCUCUCAUGAAGUUAUUCUUUUCCUUUGUUGCAGUGACACGCUGAUGCUAACCGCUUUAACAUGCACAGUCCCUUCUGAGAUCUAAGCAAGGUCAUGCACACCGAGAGAGUGCCUUAUCCUAUAAAGCCCUACAACAAAAUGACACCUGAGGACAGCUGACUUACUUUCACAUGUAAAAAUUUAACUGACUAAGUGAACCUCCUGUUUUAGAAAGCUUUUUAUUAGGAUAUGGUCAGCAAUUGUAUCGUGCCUCUGCACAUUUCUAUGACAUUUAAAGAUGCCUCUAAGUUUGCAAUUGUGAAUGAUCAGUGUGCUUUUUAAAGUGUCAUGUGAUCAUUAGGGUAUCUGUUCUGUUUGUUGUGUUGAGAGCCAGAUCCAUUGAACAGUUUAUGAAAUCUGGAAAUAAUUGCCAGCUAUUUGUUCAUACACGCAUGCACACUAUACAUAAGCAUACAUACACACAAAUAUUAGUACAUUAUAUAAUAUGCAUUAGAUAAUAUAUGUUAAAUAAUAUUUGACAUUUCUGUUAGGAAAUGUGGUUUUAUUGAUUAGGAAAAAAGCUCUCUCCCUUUAGAUUCAUUAAUGUGCAAUUUUUACAUUUACCUCAGUUAAUAUCUUCCUUUAGGAUUCUUGGGUAGUAUAAAUUCUUCCUAAAACAGAUUCAGAAGUUCAACUCAGCAAUUAAACUAGUUAACCAUAUUUUAUAUUGCUGCUAGCUUUUCAUAUAAACAGUGUGCACACUUACAAAGAGUUUGGUGCUUAAGUAUGGGUGAUCAUCUCUGUCUGGUGACAGGCAUCAGACCCCUGAAUGUGUUUUCCCCCUCAGCCAAGUGAUCUCAUAGGAUGCCAGCUGGGAGGACUUCGAGGGAAGACAAAGUCCAUGGCAAUAAGCAGUAUUCUCACACAUUGUUCUAAAUGUCUUUCACAGUCAAACUCUCAAGUUGCUAUGUUGUUAAGACAGAAAACCUUUAGGUAUUUUUUUAAUUCCAGAAUUUCAUAGCCAGAACACAAAUUCAUAUUCUCGGUCCUAGGAUAGGAAUUUGGUGACAAAAUGGACCAUACUCUUGUAAUAACUUCGGAAACUUUUAAACCACAUAUGUUUGCAGCAAACUUGGCAUCUUCUCAAAGCAACGUGAAUCCAAGCACAGUAUCAAGGCGCUGUCCCAGGAUUUAGGGUUUUACUCCCGCACUCUCAGGAACCAUGCAGUCAGAGUCCUUCCUGCUGCUGCACGGAGCCUCUCGGAAUAGCACUCAGAUAAUGGGAGCGGCGUGAGAAGAUUAUCUGCAAAAUAUCCCAACCAUCAUGACAGUGGAGAUGAAUUUUAUAUCAUAUGUAUUUUAGCCUUAUCGUGUGAUAUAAAAAUGCAUAUUAUUUAGAAAAUAGUCUGUACUUCAAAGAAUUGUUUCUAUUAUAAACAGUAUCCAGGACUGAAUAACUACUAGGUCAAGUUAAUAAGUAUUAGAUUCCUCUUAAUAUAAAAGGAAAUAAUAGUUUAGUUCACAUCAGUCUAGAUGCCAGACCUAAAGAGAAUACAUUUAGAAAAGUUCAUUGUAUCUCCAUAGAGUUACUGAACUUGAAAGUCCUGUCUGAGUCUGUAGAACCGAGCAGUGCUCUGCUGGGGUGGGGAGGCCUGGAGGACCCAGGAUUGUCCCUAGGUCAUGGAAGUGUAGCUGUGAUCAAGAAAAUGUGAACUUCUCUUGUGGGAAAGGCCUAUGAUAAUUAGCUUUACUGAAGAGAAGUAGUUUAUAGUGAUAGUAAACAGUUGGUUAUAGUUAAAUUAUAGGCACAAGCACAUACGCUUUUGGAAACAUGAUGUGCCAAUAGUAACACACCUGAAGAUCCUGUGUGGACUGGUGAGUGUCCGCACUCAGCGUUCAGGACAUGACUGUAUACACCUCAAGUUGUUGUUUUUUUUUUUCCAAAUGCACAAAUGCCCAUAAAAGUGAUGUUCCUGGAUAAGUCAUAAUUUGUAUGAAAUAUAUAUGCCGCCCUAUAAACUAGGCCUUUAUUAUGCAGUCUUGAGCUCCAUUUGGAUGUUUGGGUAGUAUCAAGUACAUCAGGACUUUGUUUUUCUUUUGACCAACUCUGUGCAAUUGCUGAACAUAGCUUUCUAAAUACAAAUUCUACCAGAAACCCAGUAUGACUAUAGCAAUAGUAGCCCAAACCCUAGAUUCUAGAAUCUAGUGCAUUUAUCAUACAAUCAAUCCAAUCCUGUUGCUGUCGAGUCAAUUCUGACUAUAAAAACAAAUUUUCUUUAAAACAGCAAAUUGGCUAUUAAGAUGAAUUUAGAAAAUAACCAAAGUUAGCAAUAAAAUAGAGUGACAUUAUAAGUUAUGGGCAGAUACUAACUGCUUUGACCAUUAUAUCCCAAUGAAAAUAAAAGAUUACUUACUUUAAAAAUUAAUCAAAAUGGUGGUACUUUUUAUGUAUAACAGUAAAUGUCAUGAUCCAGUAAUUGGGCUUGAUUUCCAAGAUGGAUAGCCAUGGAGUUAGGUACAGUUAUUUUGAAUUGGCAGACACUGAAGAUAAAGUUUUGCAAAUUGGUUAAAAUAAUAGUCUACUUGUACUUUUAUGACUUCUGAAACAAUACUCCAUUAUCCAGAAAUCACAGGCGAGAGAGCCAGUAAUUUUGUAGUGAUGAAUCUUUUUGGAAAAGGCAGUCCUGAAGUUUCAUGUACAUAGAUAAUAGGUUUUUUUUUUUUUUUAAUGUUUGAUUCAUCAUAUAUAUAUAAUAUAUACAGCUACGUGUAUAAUAUGUAAAAUUCUCCCAAAGUACAUGCAUCAUAAAAUGUAUUCACCCAUGUAAUUCUAACUAGUGUUCUAAGAAUUUUGAUUACUCAAAUGUCUAGAUAUUCUGAAACUACUAUUUUAAAAACUCUGGUUCUACCUUGAGGUGGAUUCUGAUUUCUGGAAAAUGUAUGAGGAAUUAAACUUAUAAAAUUAUCAUUCGUUAUUAUAACUUGAUUUCCUUAAGGAAAGAAGGACGGAGUCCUGGAUGAGAAACCUCUUGGGAAACACUUAUUUGACCUUCUGCAUGAAUUUGUAAUAUGGUUCAGGUUUACAAAUUAUGGUACCUACCCUCCUCUUGUUACAAGGAAUUCGGAGAAUUCAUGUAAAAUGUGUAAUAUAUUUGGAGUUCUUGAGGGCAAGUCAGUUAUUUUAAAUAAUGGGGUAUGAUUAUUUACAAACUUUGAAGAAUACAUUGGACUAAUAAGUCAGCAUCAGAUCGGUUGAGAAAGAUGACAAUUCUAUAAUUUUUUAAGGUAAGGUUAUUUUUAAAUCACAUUUUUGUUCUACUGUUUUCAAGUUUUAUUCAUUGUUUUCAAAUUUCCCAUGACUCAUUGUGUGCCUUCUGUGUACCUGGAGUGAUUUCUGAAGAAUGCACAGAGUCAAAAAUGAGUCCUUAGCACACUAAAAACGGAAGGAAUGAGGACAUCACAUUUCUAAGGUAAGAAACUAAAAGCAUGGUUUGCGCCACCUCAGUAUUACGCUGCAGUACUUUCUUAGAAGUACUCAAGUACCUUCUUACAAUGUUUCCUCUUGUGAUCAAAAUAGAGAGGUGUACUUUGACUACCAGAGAUCCUAAUUCUGACUCCUGACCAUGUGACCUUCGAUAAAAUUUCUAUCUCCCUGGUCACCGUGAGUUAGAAUCAACUCAGUGGCGACUAGUUUACUUAUUACUCUGCUUACUUUAUCCUUUUCUUCUGUGCAUCUGAUUUAUUGAGGGUGCUUAUCCUUUAGUUCUUGUAAAGUGUGUCUCUUUCUGAAGUAAUGUAGUGAGUGAUGAACACCAUCAGGGACCCCAGGAUGUAGUUGCAGCCUGGAAGAGGGUCUGCUCUGCUCUCUUAGUGCUCCUCGUCAGGAGGUCCAUUUUAGUUUUCCAUUGCUAGGUCCUUCUAGUUCCAGAUCCUUAGCAAGUUCUUACUGCUGGACAACUCACAAAUCAAUGUAAGCGACCCUAUACUGAUUUACAUCAGAAGAGUCCGAUCUUUGCUUCCUAAAGCUGCCCUACCUUAUUCUUACACCUGAAACUUAUCACUGCCACUGUAUUAUUUAACCCAUACUGUUAAGUUUAAAAGGCAUCUGUCUUUUUAUAGGGAGGAAUAUUCAUGAUUAGACUGUUAGUAGACACCAAAGCCCAGUUAUUACUUUCUAAUAGCUUCUCAGUCAUCAUUGGCUGGUAAUGCAAAAGCCAAUGAGGAAUAUGACUUACCUCCACACCCAAAAGUCUGUCAGAGGUUACAGUUUUCUUUUUUUCCUGCUAACUUUUGCUGUUUUCUAAUCUCCAGCCCAAACUGCAUGACUGUGCAUCUACAGUUAACAGUAAUGUCACCUAUAAUUUGGCAGAUUAAAUGACUCAGUGCUUGUAAAAUAACUGUCUUUGUAAAACCACAGAAUAAGAGAUUUUUUGGCUUGUUUUUGCUACCACAGAGUAGAAGCCAAAAGGUCUUAUUUUAAAAGUUGGAAAUGGAGGUCUUUCGUUGCAUUUUAGCCAAUAGCAAGUCAGGCUUAGUGUCUUAGUUAUCUAGUGCUGCUGUAACACAAACACCACAAGUGGGUGGCUUUAACAAACAGAAAUUUAUUUACUCAGUUUUUUGUUGAUGUUGUUAGGUGCCAUUAAGUCUGUUCCGACUCAUAGGGACCCCUGUAUACAAUGGAAUGAAACACUGCCUGGUCCUGUGCCAUGCUCACAAUCAUUGCUAUGUUUGAACCCAUUGUUACAGUCAAUGAAUGUGCCAGUCCAUCUUGUUGAGGGUCUUCCUCUUUUUCACUGUCCCUUGCUUUACCAAGCAUGAUGUCCUUCUUCAGGGACUGGUCCCUCCUGAUAACAUGUCCAAAGUACAUGAGACAAAGUCUCUCCAUACUUUUUCUAAGGAGCAGUCUGACUGUACUUCCAAGACAGAUUUAUUUGUUCUUCUGGCAGUCCUUGGUGUAUUCUGUAUUCACCAAUACCAUAAUUCAAAGGCAUCAACUGUUCUUCCGUCUUCCAUAUUCAUUGUCUAGCUUUUGCAUGCAUAUGAAGCUACUGAAAAUAGUUUUUUUUUAGGUCAGGCGCACUUUAGUCCUCAAGGUGACAUCUUUGCUUUUCAACACUUUAAAGAGGUCUUUUGCAGCAAAUGUGCCCAAUAUACCACAUUUGAAUUCUUGACUGCUGCUUCCGUGGUUAUUGGUUGUUAGUCCAAGUAAAAUGAAAUCCUUGACAACUUCACUAUUUUCUCCAUUUAUCAUUAUGUUGUUUAUUGGUCCAGUUGUGAGGACUUUUGUUUUCUUUAUGUUGAGGCAUAAUCCGUAUUUGAUCUUCAUCACUAAGUGCUUCAAGUCCCCUUCACUUUCAGCGAGCAGGGUUGUGUCAUGUGCAUAACACGGGUUGUUAAUGAGUCUUUGUCCAAUCCUGAUGUGUUGUUCGUAUAGUCUAGCUUCUUGGGUUAUUUGAUCAGCAUACAGAUUGAAUAAGUACAGUGAAAGGAUACAGCCCUGAUGCACACCCGUCCUAAUUUUAAACCAUCUUAAUGGUUCCUUCCACAGUCGGCCCCUGGCCUUCUUCUGACUGCUGAUAUUGAGCUCCUCCACCGUGUCUUUCCACAGAUGUAGUUGAUUUGAUUCCUGCAUAUUCCAUCUGGUAAGGGUCACAUGUAUAGUCGCCAUUUAUGUUGUUAAAAAAAUGUAUAUCCAAUGAAUUGGUCAUUGGUCUUUCAAAAUUCUAUCAUGUGAUCUCCCGCACUGUUUCUGUCACCAAGACCAUAUUUUCCAACCAUGAUCCUUCUUUGUUUCCAGCUUUCACAUUCCAAUCACAGGUAAUUACCAAUGCAUCUUGAUUGCAUGUUUGAUCAAUUUCAGACUACAAAAGUUGGCAGAAAUCCAUUUUCUUCCUCUUUGGCAUUAGUUUUGGUGUGUAAAUUUAAGUAACAGUUGUAUUAACUGGUCUUUGUAGGAGUAUGGAUGUUAUGCUAUCAUUGAUGUCAUUAUAUUUCAAGAUAGGUCUUGAAGUGUUCUUUUGACAGUGAAUGUGAUGCCAUUUCUCUUCAACUUGUCACUCCUCGUAUAGUAGGCCAUAUGAUCAUCAGAUUCAAAAUGGCCAAGACCAGUCCGUUUCAGCUCACUAAUGCCUAGGGUAUCAAUCUUCAAGAGUUCCAUUUUUGACAACCUCCAGUUUUCCCUGAUGCAUACUUCGUACAUUCCACAUUCCAAUUAUUAAUGGAUGUUUGCAGCUGUUUCUUCUCAUUUUGUGUUGUGCCAAAAUGAGCUGUCUCAGAGUUUAGGAGGCUAGAAGUCCAAAUUCAGGGCGCCAGCUGGGGGAAUGCUGUCUCUCUGUUGGCUCUGGGGGAAGGCCCUUGUUUCUUCAGCUUCGGUUCCUUGGCUCUCUGGUGAUCUUUAUGUGGUAUAGCAUCUAUCUUCCCCCAUAUCUGCCAGUUUUCUUGCUUGAUCUGCUUCUUUUGUAUCUCAAAAGAGAUUGACUCGACACACCCUACACUAACAUAAUAACAUAAUUAACAUAAUAAAAAACUCAUUCCCAAAUGGAAUUAUAACCAUAGGGGUUAGGAUUUAAACAACACAUAUUUUGGGAGGAAACAAUUCAAUCCGUAACAGGUAAUACCAUAGAUGGCAAGCCUUACCUGAAAUUUGUUGUUGUUAAUUGCUGUUGAAUCUAUUCAGGCUCUUGGUGACCCCAUAGGGUCUUCAAGGCUGUGGCCUUUCAGGAGCAGAUUGCCAGGCCUCUCUUCCAAGGCACCUCUGGGUGGGUUCGAACUGCCAAACUUUCGGAUAGUAGUUGAAUGCUUAACCUUUUGCACCACCCAGACUCCACCUUAAAUUUGGCUUUCCUUAAAUCAGUCAAGGUGUCCUGGGAGCUUGGACGAAGCCUUAUGAACUUCAAGAGGGAAAAAGGAGUAUAGCAUUAAAGAAAAUUCAUCAGUUGUAAAUUACCAACAUUAAAUCAGAAGCCUUUACCAGUUAAAAUGUAUGGUUUUUGUCUUACUCUUUAAUAGGAGAGGUGGGCAGUAGUAUAGAUGGCAUUGCUUUGAAGCUAGAAAGCUUGUUCUGGCAAACAUAGUCCAAAUGAGGAAUGCCUUAGUUUUUUCAUGUAGAACCAGAUUUGAGGCUCAUCUACAGCUGUACUCACAAUACAAGAUAAAUUCUUGUGGGUGUGUGUCCUCUUUUAAAAAGAACUGCUGACUUACCCAUGAUUCUUCAGUGACAUUGAUUUAUAAAGAAGUGGUACCAUGGAAAAUACAAGGAUCAUUUUCUACAUGUUCUAUUGAGCUCUGUGAGAGCCUGUGGUAUUUGAUGUGAAAACUUCCCUUUAGGAUUUCUUACUUGGUUCCCCCCUCUUCCUGCUCCCUUUUUUUUUUUUUUUUGGUAUAUCUUGACACUGAACACAAAUGCAUGCUCUUUUAUCCUCUAGUCUUUGAAGUAACUGUAGAAGAAAACCUUUUUUUUUCCUUAAUGGAGGGCAAAGUACUUGUUAGCAAUCUAAAAACCAAACCUGAACAAGCUGCUACAAUAAGUUUCUAAUGAAAAAAAUUAAAACUUUAAAGUUAAUUGCUACUACUUUCUAAGUUAUUGUAUUACUGGUUCCUGUGUAAAUGAAUCAUUACUGCUGUCCUUGUAUAAAUAAAAUCUUCCUGCAGUGCAAUUAAGUAUGGACUUUUUAAGAAACUGUCCCCAUAUAAAUCCUUUCUUUUCACAUCCUUCCAUGUUGUCCAAAAAAUUAUUGAAAUAUUGAGUCUGUGAGAUUACAUAUAUCCUGGUAAAAUAUUUUUGUA